AUGUAUCGUCAGAUCUUGAUAGCAGAGCAGGACAAAAAUUAUCAGCUGGUUCUAUGGAGAAAAAAUACUGAUGAACCUAUUAAAGUUUACAGGCUUAAUACGGUUACCUUUGGUACAGCCGCCGCUCCAUAUCUUGCGAUCCGAACUUUACAAAAGCUAGCAGAUGAUAAUUCGACAAAUCAAAUUACAUCCUCUAUGAUCCUUAACGAGAUGUAUGUAGACGAUUUAAUAUCUGGAGGAAACACAGUUGCAGAAGCUAAAGAGAAAAUAAAACAAAUAAAAUCAACGUUAAAGACAGCUGGAUUUAACUUACGUAAAUGGACUUCCAACUCUGAUGAGGUACUAUCGAGCAUUCCAACAGGAGAACGGGAAUCUUCAUUCUCAAUGCCUCCAGAAGAUUCGGAACGAGUUAAAACGCUCGGUGUCCACUGGCUUCCUUCCGUUGAUAAAUUUUCUUUCUGCUACAAUCCGCUUCCAAAUCCACAGCCGACAAAACGAUUCAUUCUAUCAACGAUAGCACGACUUUUUGAUCCCAUGGGUUGGAUUGCUCCAUGCAUUGUAAAGGCGAAAAUGUUUAUGCAACAACUGUGGGCGAAGAAGUUGUCAUGGGAUGAACAAAUCGAAUCGUCACUUCUGGAACAAUGGAAUGUUUUCUACAAUGACUUGAUAGCUAUUAACAAGAUCCAGUUUCCAAGGUGGGUAGAAACCAUCGGUGAUUUAUCUCGAGUCGAGUUACAUGGUUUCAGUGACGCUUCAGAAAAAGCAUACGGAGCAGCAGUGUACUUGAGAGUCGAAGACGAUAAAGGCCAGGCGAAAAUGCAUCUUCUCAUUGCAAAAUCCAGAGUUGCACCUGUGCAACCAGUUAGUCUUCCUCGUUUGGAACUUUGCGGUGCUGUGAUGUUAGCCCAGUUGUUAGACUAUGCAACUCAAGUUUUAGGCAACAAAAAUAUCAAGCAAUUUGCAUGGACUGACUCAACCAUUACUCUCUCGUGGAUUCGAGCAUCACCAACCAAGUGGGAGACAUUUGUAAGAAACAGAGUUGGAGAAAUACAGCGGUUGACCCCAAUCAAAAUAUGGAAACAUAUUCCAACACAACAUAAUCCCGCAGACUUGGUUUCAAGAGGUGUUUUGCCAUCGGAUUUACUUGAAAAUACAUUAUGGUGGAACGGGCCAGACUUUUUAUGCGAUGCCUGGGUUUUUCAGUAUCCUACACAACCAUUAAUAAGAGUUCAUCAAGCCGAGCGAAUUUUUCCUCCAAUCAACAAACUAAUGCAUAGAUCUUCUGAUCUCAAUAAAUUAAUUCGAAUUACUGCUUUGAUUUUACGUUUCACAAAUAAUUCCAAAAAUUACAUACCCAACUGGAAAAUCGGACCGAUUUCCCCGAGUGAACUCGACGAAGCAGCCAAAAUAUUGGUGAAAAUAGCUCAACUCGAAAUGUUUCCUGAAGGAAUUAUGAAAUCUAGAGGCAUGGCAUCUCUAAAUCCCUUCGUAGAUCCUGACGGUAUUAUUCGUGUUGGUGGAAGAUUGAAGAAUGCUAACCUGCAUUAUGAUCAACAGCAUCCAAUAAUUCUUGCUCCAAAUCAUCAUUUUACAAAAUUGAUUCUGCAUGAAGCUCAUGAAAAAACGCUCCACGGAGGCAUUCAAUUGAUGAUGGGUUAUCUUCGGAAAAAAUAUUGGAUUUUUCAAACUAAACGAAUUGUUAAACAAUACAUUCAUAAAUGCACUAUUUGUUAUCGGUUCAGAACUAAGCCAGCUUAUCAACUCAUGGGAGAAUUACCAUCGCCUAGAGUCAAUGUAUCCAGACCAUUUUCACAUACCGGGGUUGACUAUGCCGGGCCUAUUAGUAUCCGGGCUUGGAAAGGCCGUGGAGCAAAAACUUAUAAAGGCUAUCUAGCCAUUUUCGUUUGUCUGGCGACUAAAGCCAUUCAUCUGGAAGCAGUGAGUGACCUCACUACUCAAGCUUUUCUAGCCGCUUUUCGACGUUUUACUUCACGUCGAGGUGUCUGUGGACAGAUCUAUAGUGAUUGCGGCACAAACUUUAAAGGAGCUGAGUCAGAGUUGUAUCGUCUUUUAAAAGAUGCCACUCAUGACUGGAAAAAUGUUGCUGAAGCUUUAUCGUCACAAGGAACCAAGUGGAAUUUCAUUCCUCCUGCUUCUCCCCACUUUGGAGGGUUAUGGGAAGCCGGUGUGAAGAGUGUCAAACACCACUUCAAAAGAGUUGUUGGAAAUGGGACACUCACUUUCGAGGAGCUCACCACGCUUCUGACUCAAAUCGAAGCGUGUUUAAAUUCGAGGCCUCUUUGUCCUUUAACCGAAAAUCCUGAUGACUUUCAUGCUUUGACUCCAGCACACUUUUUAAUUGGAGCUGAAAUGUACUCCGUGCCAGAACCUGACCUUACGAUCGGUAAGACGAGUUAUACUGACCGGUGGAAGGCAAUCCAAUUCAGUCUACAAACUUUUUGGCAUCACUGGCAAUCAGAAUAUUUGGCCAGAUUACAACAACGACCUAAAUGGCUCAAAUCGCAACCUCAACUUAAAAUUGGAGAUCUAGUUUUGAUAAAAGAUGAGAGACUUCCCCCUACGAAAUGGAAUCUAGGUAGAAUUCUAGAAACCUUCCCAGGUAAAGAUGACAUCACCAGAGUUGUCAACCUGAAAACACAACAAGGCGAAUUUAAAAGACCGGUAACAAAGCUAUGUCCACUACCAAUUAAUGAGAAUCAACAUAAUUUAUCAAAUCAAAUCUAA